AUGGCGGCGCGACGUCUUCCGUCACCUUCACGUGCGGCGGCACCGGUCUCGACAUACCUGCCGGCAACCUUGCUUUCAACGGUGCGACGGCUUCCGCCACCGUCACCUUCAUCGGCGCCGGCCUUGACGUUUUCGACGGCGCGACGUUCUCUUACUCCGCCAGCGGCGCGACUUCCGACGCCUCCAGCCCGUCUACCUACGCCAGAGUCAGGUUCUGGACUUCCAGCCUCUCUACCUCCGCCAUCGCCUCCAUCAUCGACUUCUCCACCUGCGGAAACGCCGUCGCCAUCUCCACCACGAGCCGCCAAGGCUAUCGCUCGGCGCGAAGACGACAGUCACGUGGUACUCGACGGCGACAAUGGUCACGUGGAAGCGAAUGGUCACGAGGAAGCGAGCGUUCCCGACGACGACGGUCACGUGGAAGCACCGUCACCACUGCCGGCUCCGACUCCGCCAGGUCCGGUCCCUCCACCUGCGGAAGCAUCUUCACCGCCGCCGGCUCCGACUCCGCCAGGUCUGGUCCCUCCACCUGCGGAAACGCCGUCGCCAUCGUCAUGGCCUGAGCUUCCACCAUCAUCUUCGUCUUUACCACGAGCCGCCAAGGCUAUCGCUUGGCGCGAGGACGACAGUCACGUG